AUGGCCGACAGACAACCAGCGGCCAAAAUUGUGCUCAAAAAUGAAACUUUCAGAGAAUCCACGACACCAUUGACUGAGAUAACAGACUGCAUCGGCAUUAAACCAACAGUAAUCAAGCCACUCGGAAGAGCAAGGAAAAUACACCUUCUAAUUUUUGAUGGCAAACACAAAUCGAGAGAUCUCCUGGAGAACUUUGAGACCUUGGAAAGAAAAUUCUUCUGCGAACCCUCUAUCAAGGUCAUACCAUUUAGAGAAAAUCGAAACACAUUGUACAGUGCAAGAAUUGCUAUGGAUUCGAUCACUCGAAACAAUUGUGCUACGGCAAAUAAGAGGAACCACUGUUUGUGGUUCCUCUUAUUUGCCGUAGAACAAUUGUUUCGAGUAUUACAUUACUAG